AUGGUGCGCACCAAGGCGGACGGCGGCGGCGGGAGCUACCGCAAAGUGGUGGCCGCGCGGGCUCCCCGCAAGGUGCUGGGCUCCGGCUGUGCCCGCGCGGGGCCGUCGCCGGUAACGGGCAGGAGAGGUGAGGCGCGGGGCGGCGGCGCCGCGAGGCGAGGCGGCGCUAACGGCCCCGCGGGCGGGCACGCGGCGUGCGCGCGGCCCACGCCCGCCUGGCAGCGCGGCAUCGCCGAGUUCCUGCGGAGCGGCCCGCGGCCGGCUGUUGCGUUGAACUAA